AUGAACCGUGACAAAAAGGAAAGUAGGAAAGUUGUUCAUGCUGGCAAAGAUGGCAAUCAACGCAUACACAAUGAUAGAAAUCAUGAAAAUAAUGGUAACAAACAUAGCAAUUUGACCUUAAUGAGAAAUCGAGAUGGAAAAGUCAGCCGAGUUGAGCUACAAAUGGAACAAAUGAGGCAGUUAUUGCUCUUUAAUCUCGAGCUAAUACAGCAGCAAAAGGAUUGGCUUACUACAAAAGAUGAACAAAUUGCCCACUUGAAAGAUCAAAAUGAAAAGCUACGAAGCAGGCUAGAAAGACUAGAACGCAGAAUCACGUUAGAACGAAAAGGAAAUCUUCGAAGAAGAGUCAGAAGUGAAGAGGAAACGUUAGAAUCUAUUCAAAGCAUUGAGAUCGAAAAUGACGUUAAGGAAACUAAAGAAUCCAAUGAAAUGAAUAUAACAGGAUUUAGAAAUGCAAAUUAUCUGACGACAAAGCUACCUUAUCGACAUUUGGAUCAUAUCAUGAAUUUUUGCGCUGUAUCAAACUUUCAAAAUGUACCACCAAUUAAGGUUGCUAAUAAAGAUGACGACGUACUUGUCCCUAAGUGGCGCGUAUGUGACGAUUCUAAUGAUAUGCUACCUGAAGAUGAAAGCAAUGCAGAGCCAGAAGAAGAAGAAGCGGAAACAUUGUCGGAUAGCGAUUACGCCAAACGUCAUUGGAAGCAUGAAUUGGAUGAAAAAAGACGGAAAAGAUGGGAUUUGCAAAGAAUCCGAGAAGAACAACUGAAAGAAAACUUGAGAAGGCGUUCUGAAGAGAAAUCGACUUCUAAAACGUUAUCCAAAUCUCGUAAGAGAAAAUCACUUGAAGAACAGCGAAUAACUUCUUUUGAUCCAUCAGUGGAUAACAUAAAGGGUAUAUGCGUUGAAGACACGAUACCUGUUGUUGCCUUUGGUAGUACAAUCCCCAUAUUUCCUUCUAGCGAAUUUUCUCUCCCAUGGUUUAAUGAAAGCAAAGUCGACAUGGACAAUGACGAAAGGUCUACAAAAAAAAGAAGAAAAUCCAGAAGAAACAAUUAGAUCUAUUCCUUACUGUAAAAAUACUUAG